CUUCACUCUGUGACUCCACAAUCUUCUUCCUCCCAUCUCGCCUCCACAGUCUUACGGCCGUAAGCGCCACAGCCCCUAAACAGCCACGAGUCCAACUCCGACCACCGCAAAGUCCCAGCAUAUCAUUCGUCCAUCGAUCGGCAGCCCAUGCUCAACGGACGAACAAAGACCGCGCGCUCUCCAGCUCGCCGCGCUUUCCGGCUUGGCUUUGGUGGCCUUAACCAUCGGUCCUUCGCUAAUCCUGUUCCCUGAUUCGAAGGGGCGGUCGGUCUGGGUUUCUCCCCACAGACCGAUGGGCGAUUGAUCCCUCCGCGUCGGCUUCGCUUCGUCAAGCUUUUGAGCGCGGUGGAUCUGCCCAGCAGUGUUGUGAGUCAGGCAGAAACAUACUGGUAUCAACUAUAUAAGGAUUUCCGCGCCGUUGAAUUUGUUAAACACAUUCAGACAUUCAAACAUCGGCUCCCAUCGCAGGAAUACAGCUCAAAUCCAAUCGAAAUGGCACCCCUCAACCCCCUCCUCGACCCAACGACCACCAGACCACCAACCUCGCUCGACCAAAGCACCAGCAUCCCCCGCCAAACCCUCCUAUUCAACAACUUCCAACCCUCCACCUGGCUCCUCGCCGCCGCCGCCCUCCAAGGGACAUUGACAUGGCUCUUCCCAAGCGCAUUCCGAUUCACAGUGAUAUCGGCACUGCUGAUCUUGCUCUACCGCGCCACCGACGUGUUCCUGAUGAUGUACGGCGUGAAACGGAACCCGGCCAUGGACGGCGUGAUUCGCGAAAAGUUCUCGGCGCAGAUCCCCUUUGCGGAUGGGAGCUUUGGGGACCGGCCCAGUCGCGACAAGGUCGCUGUGAUCAUGUUGGGCAGUAAAUCGAAUCACCCCCUCGGAAUCUUCAGCCCGGGAUACCAGAAGGUCGCCCAGCUCUACGCCGACAUGGUCGCUGACCUCGAGGCGAAUCGCGACGAGUACUCCUACCUAACAAGCACGCGCUGGGUCUCCAACACCGACCCCGCCAUCAAUGCAUCGCGCGAGAUAAUGACCAUCUUCUACUUCCGCUCGCUGGAGGGCGUGCACAAGUUCGCGCACGGGCCCAUCCACCGCAAGGGCUGGGAUUGGUGGAGCCGGAACAGCAAGGAACAUCCGGAGAUCAGCAUCUGUCAUGAGGUGUACGAGGCGGAUGCGGGGCGGUGGGAGAAUGUUUAUUUGAAUUAUAGGCCGAUGGGGUUGGCGUCAGCGCGGUUCCCUAUCGCGCAAACUGGAGGACAGAAAGAGGGUGAGGGUGGUGGAGAGAAGCAGUGGAUCUCGGCCAUUGUGGAUGCGUCAAAGGCGAAUAUGAAGUCUUCCAAGGCGAGGCUGGGAUGGGGGUCUCACUGAUUGAGCCGUUUGUUUCAUUAAGUGGUAUGGUAACUGGAAGGAUCGAGGGGGUGGAAUCUGGAUUUGCCGAAUUCUGUACAGUAUCUUUUCUUUUGUUUGUCUAUAGCUUGCCUGAGAGUUAAUCUGAUACUGCCGAGAUAGUAUGUCCAU